GGCGACGAUGGCUGUAGCGUUUACUCGUGAAGAUAUCGAGAUAUCGACGAGAGCGGCUGAUCACUUCACGCGCCUCUACUACACCACUUAUGAUUCCCCCACUCGUGUGGAGGACCUCCCCAAGUUCUAUCGCCCCACUUCAACACUAACGUGGAAUGGGAAUCCUUGUCAAGGGUCCGAAGGCGUAAAGAAACUUAUCCAAGACAUGCCCAGCACCCGACACGAGGUCCAGUCAUACGAUUGCCACCCCAUAUCCGGGACGCAACCACCCUCGCUGUUAGUAUUUGUUUCCGGGAGUGUUUCCCACGGAAAGGUUCCAGCAACUAAGUUGACUUCAAGUCGCUCCGUCGACGACCAACCUCGGGUGUUCUUCCAAACAUUUGUUCUGGUUCCGGAUCCCGUUGCGCCAUUGGCCAAGGUCGGGGAAGUUGCCAAGUAUUACAUUGAUGCUGAUGCGAUGAGAUUUGUUGGUUGAGGUCCAGUACUCGCGCUCAAUUGACGAACCAAUCCAUGUCUCACUUCUUUACGAAGCGAAUAACCCCGAAAGCUGCUGCGACUCUCGGAAUUUCUAUGCAAUAAUACCUUUGCUAUCGAGUUAACGUGUGCGGAAAACGUUGCGGGAUGUCCAGACGCGCUUCGUGGAGGGCAAGAUUUGUCGCACUGCAACCUGCCCCGCCUUGGAGACACACUAUUUGCAAGGCAGGAUUCCAUCCUCCACAAUACUACUCAGCGGAGCUUCAUCAUGCGUAAUGGUUGCUCAAGUCGUCCUAACCACGCCUCAAU